AAUGGAUUCAUCAAUUUACAAUGUCACAAUUUUUUUCUUUGGAUAAUCGGUUUCACUUACUUUAGAGAAAAAUACUACAACUUUAGAGCUCUACGAAUUUUUAGCAUUAUUCUCUCCAGAGUAUUCACCCAUUCAUUAAUAUUAGGGAAUUUGAAAAAGUUAGACAGGAGAGGCUUAGAUUCUUCUUGCCCGCUUAGAAUUUAUUUUUAUAGAUUAAUCAAUUGACUUUCUAACCCUUUUUUCAUAACUAAAGCAAUUAUAUAUUGGAAUUGAAAAUAGAUCUGGAUUGGAAUGACUAGCAUUAAUAGAAUGAAUAAUAUUAAACAAAUGCAUAAUAACAGGUACAACAAUAAUAACUCUAUACUUAGAAUUAAAUAUAAAACAACAAUCAAUAAAAUUAAUAAUUCUAAUAAAAUCAUUAAACACAAUGCUAAUAAAAUCAAUAACUGAAUCAAUAAGGUUAAAAUCAAAGCUGUAAUCAAUAACAAUAAUAUUAACAAUAGAGUAUGCAAGAAAAUAAUAAAAAUAAUGUGGAGCCUAAAAAAUGGUAAAUUUAAUAUCAUAAUUUUUAGGACUCUCACACUCCAAUACAAAUAGAAUUAAAUCGAAUAAAUUUUUGAUAAUACACUGACAGUAGGUGAUUUAUUUGCUUUUUUUAUUUCAUAUUUUGGCAUUUAAGGGGAUUUAGAAUUGUUUUAUCAAGAUUUUUCAUUCUCUUGGUUGAAGGAGAAUGAAAAAAUUUUUGACAAUGGAAUUCAAAACAACUCCAGAAUUGAAGGUAUAGACAAAUAUAUUGAGGUAAUGAUUAAUAUUUAUGAUGGUAACCAAUAAUUUUAAACCUUCAAAUUGUAAAAUAUUUCAAUUUUAGAAACAAUAAAUUACAUCACUAAACGCAUUUUGUCAUAUACAAAUUUGAAAGAGUACUUUAAUUAAUAAUUUUUUAGAGAAACUGCUAGUGUAGAUCUAUUUCUAGACAAAGAAAAUAAACAGCAGGAUCAAGAUUUGGAAAAUGAAUCCAAAAUAAAGGCUGUUUACUAACAUUGCACCCUUAAAGAGUUGAAACUGUUAAAAAACCCUCUAAAAUUGAAGGCUAGAAUAAGGUAUCAUGGAGGAUCAAAUAAAGGAAUUUUAAAUUGAUUUUUUUCAA